GACCGCAUGUGCAUCGUCCGCUUGUUACUUUGCCAAGCCUGUCUACUGAUUUUGCCUAAACUAGCGCAGGGCCUGCGGGGCAUGGCAAGUGCGAAGGUGGGAUUAUAGUACGCAUUGGCAGCACCGCGAGUCACGAGAUGAGAAAGACCUGACUCGUCGAUAGAAGAUGAUACUGGGUGUCGAGAAAAUUGGGAAAAGCCGGCAGGCGGAUGCAAGUUUGCAUUGGAAAGGACUGUUCGUGAGCAUCGAUUUUGGUUUGAGUCUCUACAAGAAACAGUUGCUCAAGGCUAUCGUCUUGAUGAUUAUCCAAAUACAGCGGGGCGAAUGAUAUACUUGUGAUUUGGUGAUUUUAACCGGUUACUUUUUGGAUGCUUUAAAAUAGACGUUCUUGGAACAGAAAAACUCUUUCCCAGCGGAUUGAAUUGAAAUUCUUUCUUCUCUCUUUCCUUUCAACAUUAAAGUAUCGAGAACCCACCAUGGAUUGCUACUUUUCUUGGGCCUUAUCACAACCCAUUUUGAGAUCUUUGAGGAUUGUUAUGAAUAGGCUAGGGUUUUCCAUAGCCCAAUUUGGUGUCUUUCAGGAGUAUCGAGAAAGGAUACUCCAAGAGCCCAAAGAUCUUGAUGGCGAAAAGGCCCAGGACUUAAUUUAACACCUCUUGCUCUAGCCUGCAGCUGGAUACGUUCGAGUCAACUGCACAACUCCAGCGAUCGAAUAAAAACUAGACCUUUUCGUGUUUUACAGAGAAAUCAAGAUUUUAUAGAGUACGAAUAGAAGAGGAAGAACAGAAAAAAACCUCCUUUUAAGUCAAGAGUGAAGGCAGCGCAAGGGGAGUGUAGACUGCCGGCUGAACCGGGACGACAUGGAGGGAGACGGCGAGGAAGAGGGAGGAGUCGAGAGCUUGUUGAAAUGGGCUUGCGAGCUCGGAGUAUCCGACUCUUUCCCUCCCAAGACGGCGGCGCAGCCUCGCACCGCCUCCUGUCUCGGCCGCACCCUCUCCGUCUCCGACUUCCCCGAAGCAGGCGGAAGAGGGUUGGGUGCAGUUCGUGACGUUAGGAAAGGUGAAAUGGUGUUGAAGGUUCCUAGAUCAUGCUUGUUGACCACAGAGAGGCUCUUGAUGGAUGAUCAAUGUCUCUGUGCCGCUGUCAAGAAUCGUCGCUCUCUCUCCGCUACUCAGACUUUGACCGUUUGUUUGCUAUAUGAAGUGGGUAAAGGGGAGAAAUCAUGGUGGUACCCUUACUUAAAGAACCUUCCCAGAAGUUACAGCACACUUCCGACUUUCAGGCAGUUUGCAGUGCAAGCUUUCCAGGUGGAUGAUGCGAUUUGGGCAGCCAAGAAGGCCAGAUGGAAGGCAGAGGCAGAAUGGAAAGAAGCUCAUGCACUUAUGGAGGAACUUAAGUUUAAGCCUAGACUUCUAACUUUUAAUAGUUGGCUUUGGGCUUCUGCAACUAUAUCCUCAAGGACAUUGCACGUUCCAUGGGAUGAAGCUGGAUGUUUAUGUCCUGUGGGGGACUUGUUCAACUAUGCUGCGCCUGGAGGGGAUUUGGCAGAAGCAGACGAUAUAAUUCUUACAAGGUCCGUGCCAGUUGGAUCUUUGAGCUAUGAGGAAGCUGAAUAUAACUCGAAACUAGAGCAGUUGGAUACUCUUUCUCAGCGAUUGACAGAUGGGGGAUUUGAAGAAAGUGUUAAUGCAUAUUGCUUCUACGCUAGACAGCAUUAUGUCAGAGGCGAACAGGUUCUCUUGAGCUAUGGUACAUACACUAAUUUGGAGCUGCUAGAGCAUUAUGGUUUGCUCGACAACAAUCCAAAUGACAAGGUAUACAUCCCCCUCGAACCCGGGGUGUCUUCUUGCAGUUCAUGGCCUGCAGAAUCUCUGUACAUUAAUCAGGGUGGUGAGCCUUCUUAUGCACUGUUGUCCAUGUUGCGACUAUGGGCUACACCUUCAAACAAGCGGAGAUCUGUGGGACAUCUGGCUUACUCAGGGUCUCAACUCUCUCCAGAAAAUGAGAUGUGUGUUAUGCACCUAAUGUUGAAGUGGUGCAAUACCAUUCUGCAAAACCUGCCCACUUCAAUUGAAGAUGACCAACGACUCCUAUGUAGCCUCAACCAAGUGGAUAGUAUUGAUAUCCCUGUGGAGCUUUUUGAAGUGUUUGUGAAACUUGGAGCUGAAGGCCGUGCCUUCUUAGAAAGCCUUGGCCUGCGAAGCAGAGCUAAUGUUGCAGAAUCUAUGUCUUGGAAAAUCGAGAGGGCAUUGGAGAGGUGGAAACUAGCAGUUCAGUGGAGGCUGAGGUAUAAGAGAACCCUUGUGGAUUGCAUCACUUAUUGUUCGAAUGUAAUUGACUGUAUUCACUCUCCAGGUCCCCUCGAAAUGGAAGUGCUGACUGAUGUUUGAACCAUCGAAUACAAGAUUUCCUUUUUAUACUUUUUUUUGCCGGGGGGGGGAUUAAAACUAGGAUACAAGAUACUUCUAGAGAGCAAUGACAGAACAUAUGCUUGCUUUUGCACGAGAGGUAUCUUGCAUCAGUAUAGUAAAUGGCAGGUAAUGAUGAAGUCAUAUCCACUCCGAAGAUAUGAAUCAUUAGCAUGAGAAAUAUGUUGCACGAUAAUUAUCUUGAGUUAGCAUGUCCACUCUUAUAAGUGUCUUCGGAACAUUUGAGUUUGAAA